CCACAUCAACACUUAAUUGAUUAGACUAAUAAUUAAAAAUAAUUAUGACAGAGUUUGUUAGCAGGACAAUAACUUCAGGUAUGUCUGCCCUACACUGUAAUUCAAGAGCGAUUUCAACGUGUCAUGUAUUUUCCACUUUUGACAGCUGUUCUUGUAAUAUUUUAGAUGAACAAAAUAUAUGCGUUUGUACGGUACUUUUCUUCGUAUCCAGGAAGUGACCUCACGACGUCCUCGAUGAUUUUCUGGGGUAGAAACAAGCCGACGAGGAGGUCGUUCCAACAAAGAAGUUUGCAGGAAAAAGGUGGUCCCAGUCAAGAACACCGUUUUAUGAAGCGAACGACCGAGCGCUUCUAUCUGCUUUUUUUUGCCACGGUGUUGUUGCUUUUACGCGCAAAAUGAAGCCAUCAACUUGUUGCAAUUUACUUGAAACGUUAUCAGAGCCAUAAGGGAGCAGUAUGCCGUUUUAUCAUCUGGAUUCAACUUUGAAAAAUCCGAACCAAAAAAACUGAGACAACAGCUGAGAGUGGGGUGAGGAGGAGGUUGGCUUUGGCAAGUUGUGGACUUCUGCCUUGUAACUCCCGCUGUCGUAUGUUGCUAGCUAACUUGCUAACUUUGAUAUAAGUCUACUACAGUGUGGUGAGGUCUGUUUUCUGAGUGGUCUGCCACAGUGAUUGGUUCAGUGGGCCACUGCAGCAUUUCCUCAAGAACAUUGGCUGUCUCCUGUGGCUUGAUGCUUUUCAGUGCUUGGAUGUUGCGUGGGCGAUGAGGAUGUCCUGCUGGUCCCAGUGGGACAGGAUUGUGAUGUGAUGGGGUGCAGGACGAGCAAGGUCCUCCCUGAGCCACCUGGAGAUGUCCAGCUAGACUUGGUCAAAAAGGUGGAUCCCCUCCAGACCGACAUCUACAAACAUUUCAUCCGAGGCGACGGCAGUGGGAGUAAAAUGAGAGGGGAGAAAACAGGCUCUCCCCCGCCCCAGGCAGCAUUCUCAGCCGCCCAGGCACCCACAAAUACAGGCCAACCAGAGGCCUCUGACCCACGCAGAAACAAGGUAGCCAAGUACAGAGCUAAGUUUGACCCACGGGUCACUGCCAAAUAUGACAUUAAGGCGCUGAUAGGCCGAGGUAGCUUCAGCCGGGUGGUGCGAGUGGAGCAUAAGAGCACGCGGCAGCCCUACGCCAUCAAGAUGAUAGAGACGCGCUACAGAGAGGGACGUGAGGUAUGUGAGUCAGAGCUGUGUGUCCUGCGGCGUGUACGCCACACCAACAUUAUCCAGCUGAUGGAGGUGUUUGAGACAGCUGAGCGAGUAUACAUGGUGAUGGAGCUGGCUACAGGGGGAGAGCUUUUUGACCGUAUCAUCGCCCGUGGCUCUUUCACAGAGCGUGAUGCUACACGUGUCCUACAGAUGGUACUGGACGGGGUCAAGUAUCUACAUACACUUGGCAUCACCCACCGUGACCUCAAGCCUGAGAACCUGCUCUACUAUCACCCCGGUGCAGACUCUAAGAUUAUGGUCACUGACUUUGGGCUGGCCAGCACUCGUAAGAAGGGUGAUGAGUGCUUGAUGAAGACCACUUGUGGGACACCAGAGUACAUUGCCCCAGAGAUCCUGGUACGAAAGCCAUACACCAAUGCUGUGGAUAUGUGGGCUCUAGGGGUCAUCUCCUACAUUCUGCUGAGUGGAACCAUGCCCUUUGAGGAUGAUAACCGCAUGCGCCUCUACCGUCAGAUCCUCAAGGGGAAGUACAGCUUUUCUGGGGAGCCAUGGCCCAGUGUGUCCAACCUGGCAAAGGACUUCAUCGACCGUGUGCUGACUGUUGACUCCAGUGAGAGGUUAACAGCAGGCCAGGCUCUGAAGCACCCCUGGAUCGUCAGCAUGGCCGCAUCAUCCUCCAUGAAGAACCUGCAGCGCUCUAUUUCCCAAAACCUCCUGAAGAGGGCCUCAUCACGCUGUCACAGCACCAAGUCUGCCCAGUCCACACGCUCCAGCCGCUCCACCAAGUCCAACAAGGCUCGUCGUGCUCGGGAGAAAGAGCUGCGUGAGCUCAACCGCCGCUACCAACAACAAUACAAUGGCUGAGUAAUAGUUAUGUGGGUUGCAAUGUUGAAACUCAUAAUGUUGUGUGUCUCAUUGAGACCACAAGCAGGGACUUACCAGCAGCUGCCUGGAACAGCAAUUCAGCUCCUAGGCCAUAGUGCCACUGGGGCAGCAAGAAAAACAUCCUCAUAUUUCACCCUUUUUUCCUAGAUUCCUAUUCCCUAAUGUUUCUUUCCUGUCCUUGUGUGUCUCACAUUUUAUUUAUUGUUGAUUAUAUUGUUUCAGUGGAAAUGGUCACUUGAAGCUGCCCAUCUAAACGGAUCUGUUGAACAACAUUCUAGGAAUUAAGUUUUAGGAAGGGGUGUUAAAAUGCUGUUCCUGCACUCGUUCUUGAUUAUUUGCUGUGAAUUCAUGGUACAAGAACAGUGGGUCACUUGCUUUGGUGGAGAUGCACUACAUGACCAAAAGUAUGUGGACACCUGCUCGUCGAACAUCUCAUUCCAAAAUCAUGGGCAUUAAUAUGGAGUUGGUCCCCCUUUUCGGCUAUAAACCCUCUUCUGUGUAGGCUUUCCACUAGAUCCAUUCAGCUACAAGGGCAUCAGUGAGGUCGGGUACUGUCGGCGUUCCAAUUAAUCUGAAAGGUGUUCGAUGGGGUUGAGGUCAGGACUUUGUGCAGGCCAGUCAAAUUCUUCCACACCGAUCUCGACAAACCAUUUCUGUAUGGACCUCGCUUUGUGCACGGGGGCAUUGUCAUGCUGAAACAGGAAAGGGCCUUCCCCAAACUGUUGUCACAGUUGGAGGCACCGAAUCGUCUAGAAUGGCAUUGUAUGCUGUAGCGUUAAGAUUUCCCUUCACUGGAACUAAGAGGCCUAGCCCGAACCAUGAAAAACAUCCCAGACCAUUAUUUAUCCUCCACCAAACUUUACAGUUGGCACUAUGCAUUGGGGCAGCUAGUGUUCUCCUGGCAUCCACCAAACCCAGAUUUGUCCGUUAGACUGCGAGAUGGUGAAGCGUGAUUCAUCACUCCAGAGAAUGUAGUUCCACUGUUCCAGGGUCCAAUUGCGGCGAGCUUUACACCACUCCAGCCAACGCUUGGCAUUGCGCAUGAUGAUCUUAGGCUUGUGCGGCUGCUCGGCCAUGGAAACCCAUUUCAUGAAGCUCCUGACUAACAGUUCUUGUGCUGACGUUGCUUCCAGAGGUAGUUUGGAACUCUAGUGAGUGUUGCAACUGAGGACGGACGAUUUUUACGCACUGUGGUCCCAUUCUAUAAGCUUGUGUGGCCUACCACUUCGCAGCUGAGCCGUUGUUGCUUCUAGAAGUUUUCACUUCACAAUAGCAGCACUUACAGUUGACCGGGGCAGCUCUAGCAGAGCAGAAAUUUGAUGUACUGGCUUGUUGGAAAGGUGGCAUCUUAUGACAAUGCCACAUUGAAAGUAAUUUAGCGCUUCAGUACGGGUAUUAGUAUUAUAUCAGUAUUUAGCGCUUCUACUCCCAAUGUUUGUGUAUGGAGAUUAUGUCUGUGUGCUUGAUUUUAUACAGCUGUCAGCAAUGGGUGUGGCUGAAAUGGCCGAAUCCACUAAUUUGAAGGGAUGUCCACAUACUUCUGGUCAUGUAGUGAAUAUAUCCUGAGAUACGGAGUAUUUUUUAAUUUAUUUUUAUACUUUGUGCUAAAACACAAGUAUGUCAGAAGCAAGGUUUCCAUCCAAUUGACUACAGAUUUUCUUGUGAAUAUAUAUAAAAAAAAGAAUUAAAAACAAUCAGAGAAUUAAAACCCACCAGAGAUGUGUUUCCGGGAAAUGAACUUGUUGCGGAUGAAAGGCUUUGCUUGAUGAUGUAGUGUUUAUAAAAAUAACUUUUGCGGUUAAAUUCCCAAAUUACAAAAAUAUAUGGGUUUGGGUUUCCAAACCCAUAUAUGGGUUUCCAUCGCAUUUUCAACUCUGAUUGUUUUGCCACAAAAAAAAGUGUUUAUAUAGCGGAUGUGCCCACUCUGGUACUGACCCUGGCGCUCUAGCCAACAGCUCUGAUACAGUGCAGGUAAAGCCUACAUGAUGAGAUUAUUAUGGCCAUCAUGUCACCAGAAUAAGACCCUCAAUAUUUAUUGGAAAUGAGAUUCAAGCUCAUCACCUUGCACUUUCACCACCCUGUGAAGUUCAUCAUAAUUUAUUUCAUCUGUAGCAUAAUAAACUGCAUGGUUUCCCGAGUUGUAGUGGGAGGACCAUACAUGUCAUCACUUGACUCCAAGUUUACUUCGAUAUGAUGGUUAUUCUAUCACUAUUUGCGCAUAAAAGCAUUUCCACCUACAUUUCUCUGAUAAUUAAUUUUACUGACACAAAAAUAUCCCACCUUGUGUAGCACAUAUUGUUUUGUCGACAUUUGGAAAGUUUACUGAAAAAUGUGCUGUUUCCAUCAGGCCAGUCGUGACUUUAAAAAAAAAAAAAGCAGGUUGGAUGGACACCUGGUUAAUGAAGGCCAAAAUAAACAUUUAUUUAUUUAAUUUUGGUUUAGAAGUCUAGUAUAUCCAAUAUUAUUGUAUUCUGACCAGUUGCUUUCAUGAUUUGAAAAUUAAGUAUUUUUCUAACCAGGAUUCAGUUUUUAUAACCUGUUAAUGUAGGAGUUGUUUCUAUUCAUUUUGGGAUUAUUUUUUAACUGUGAUCUUGAAAGACUAUGGGAGGUUGACUGGAAACUCUAAAUAAGGAAAGAUGAGCCAGCGCUUUUGCAUAGUUGUCAUUGUGGGGACUGGGGACUUAUUCGGAUCGAGGCCUGUCCUGUCUCUGCACUUUCCUGGUCCUGCUACACAGUCUGAGAUGGACAGCCCUGUUGUAAUGAAGGAUACACGUCAAGGGAUGUGUAAUUUAACAAAUUGAUGGAGAAUCGAUCCAAUAGAUCGCUAACUGAUGGAGAACUGGUUGAUGGCUCAGUAUUAAUUUAGUUUGUUAUAUCAAAUGUCUUUCCAAUUUUGUUCUGAUUAGUUUAGACAUGUCAUGUUUUUAUUGUAUUUUCCCAUAAUUGUCAUUGACCAAACCGUAUAGUUAGUAGGUUGACAACAUUUGUAAUAUUGUGGAUGCUUUGCCAGUCAGAGCUCACAGACAGCUAUUGGGAGAGACCAAUUUAAAUUUGGCACUUGUUCUCUAUUGUCAAGUCUUUUAAAAAUGAAGAAAAAUUGCCAUAAAAUAUGCUUAAAAACAAAUCUGGAGUGUUGUGAUGAUGUAUUUUACAUUGUUCUUUCAAAUAAUUAUCUUCAAUACUUCCACGUUUUAUUUUUAGCGUACUUUGUUAUAGCCUGUGAAUGCACUUAUUUUAAUUAUAUUCGAGGGAUGGAUCAAGAACCUGAUCACAUUUAACUGAUUGUUUCUAGCACUUCAUUUUGAGGGGUCAUUUAAGUGUUUUGAAGGGCUUCAAAAGCAAUUGUGUUUUAAUUUUUUUAUUUUUUUUAAAUUGUACCUUAGUUAUUGUGUUGACAGGAUGUAGGUUUUAAGUCUUCAUUAAAACUGCUCUUGUUAGAUAAUUUUGUUUACCUUUUUGUACUCCCCAACCAGAACAACCAUUUAUAAGCAAUUGGUAUGAUGUGGUCAUAUGUACGUUUAAGCAAUUUGUGGUGAGAAGCGCUGGUAUUUUGAGGUACAUUUUUUAAAAAUAAGAUACUGGAAAUUCAACAGAGCCGUAUCAGCUGACCUCAGUCUCUCUUUUGGAAUUUCUAUAAUGUUACAUUAUGCUCUAUCUACACUGUCGGUCCUACUGCUGUUAUUUGUUUUGUAAAUU